UGUUGUUGUUGUUGUUGUUGUUGUUGUUGUUGUUUUAAUUUGUAUUUUCAGGUUGUGAGUUUUCUACAUGUUGUCUUCAUGUGAACCAGUCUGUUGUUUUAUCGGCACCUGCUGACUGAGAGCAGAGGAAACACAAGUGAUUUGAUUCCCCAGAAACACUUAUGAGACCCUAAGUGAUGAGUGCUGACUAAUAAUCAUGUCAUCGGGACAUCUGUAUGUCUCUCCCCCUGCUUGAGAGCCAUGCUUCCAGCUCCUCUGGAGCCGACAAGCAGGCUCCUUACAACCCUGCCAUCAGCCGAUCGGCUUCCUGGAGCUCCUCGCGUGGCGACAGUUCCAGCUCUGACGGCCCAGAGACAGAAUCCAACCAUCAGUCCAGCAUGCACACCAGCAUCAGCGAGAUCCUGAAGGAGAAAAGCCUGAAGCCAUCUCGCCGCAGCCUGCCAUGUCUGGCCCAGAGUCAAACACAUCCAAUCAACCUCAACCACUUCCUAUCAGUCCCCCUGAGUCCAGAUCCCAAACCAGAGGUCGAGGACCUGAGUCAGAACAUCAGCACCUCCUGCAGCCUCCUCCCCCCACAGACAGCAGAAGAUGUCAAGGAUAACUACGUGGAGGAGACUGAAGUGAACACGUUUCAAACGAGAGCAGACCCUCCCUUCGUGCUGCAAAAACCUGUCGGCCGGGUUAAAUUAGGGACUCGCACAGAUUCACUGCAGGAGAAGAAUCGAUCCGGCUCAUCUGGACUGUUUUUCCGAGAUGGAAAAAAGAGAAUUGAUUACAUCCUGGUUUACAAGAAGUCCAGCCCGCAGGUGGAGAAGAGGUGCACGUUCGAGAAGAAUUUACGAGCUGAGGGCCUCAUGCUGGAGAAGGAGCCCUCCAUGACGAACAACGACAUCAUGUUUGUGAAGAUCCAUGCUCCGUGGGAUACGCUUUGCAAAUAUGCAGAGCAGAUGAACAUCCGCAUGCCUUUCAGAAAAAAAUGUUACUUUACAGACAGGAAGAGCAAAACUCUGGGCAGCAGAUUUCAUCUAAAAUGUCAACAAAUAAAGAGCUGGCUUCCUAAAAAUCCUAUGAAGCUGGACAAAGAGGCCUUGCCGGACCUGGAGGAAACCGACUGCUACACAGCUCCCUUCAGCAGAGCUCGCAUGCAUCAUUUCACCAUCAGCAACAGAGAGACGUUCUUCUCAAACUCCACCAGGAGUAGGAUAAUCCAUCAUGUCCUGCAGCGCACCAAGUAUGAAGAUGGGAAAUCAAAGAUGGGCAUCAACCGCUUACUGGGCAACAAUACAUACGAGGCUGCGUUUCCUCCACAUGAGGGUGGCUACAAGAGCAGACAUCCAAUUAAAACGCAUGGAGCCCAGAACCACAGACAUCUCCUGUACGAGCGCUGGGCCCGCUGGGGGAUCUGGUACAAAUAUCAGCCUCUGGACCUCAUCAGGCGCUACUUUGGAGAGAAGAUUGGUCUUUAUUUUGCGUGGUUGGGUUGGUACACUGGCAUGUUAAUUCCUGCAGCCCUGGUGGGUGUUUUUGUCUUCCUGUAUGGACUCUUCACCAUGGACUCAAGCCAAGUCAGCAAAGAGAUUUGUGAAGCCAACACCACCAUUAUGUGUCCGAUGUGUGAGGAAACCUGCGAGCCAUGGACACUGAGUGAUAGUUGUGUUUAUGCAAAGGUGACGCAUCUUUUCGACAACGGUGGCACGGUGUUCUUCGCCAUCUUCAUGGCUAUUUGGGCAACUGUUUUCCUGGAGUUUUGGAAAAGAAGAAGAGCAGAGCUGACCUACGACUGGGAUCUUAUUGACUGGGAAGAGGAGGAGGAGGAGCUAAGGCCUCAGUUUGAAGCCAAAUAUUCCAGGAUGGAGAGAGUUAACCCAAUCUCUGGCAAGCCUGAGCCCUUCCAGCCUUUCUCAGACAAACUCAGCCGGCUCAUGGUGUCUGUGUCAGGAAUAUUCUUCAUGAUCUCCCUCGUCCUCACAGCUGUGUUUGCCGUGGUGGUUUUCCGUCUUAUUGCCAUGGAGAAGUUUGCUUCCUUCAACUGGCAUUUUGUGAAAAAGAACUGGCAGUUUGCCACGUCUGGCACCGGCGUCUGCAUCAACUUUAUGAUCAUCAUGUCUCUGAACGUGGUCUAUGAAAAGGUGGCCUACCUGCUGACAAAUUUAGAGCACCCACGCACAGAGUCUGAGUGGGAGAACAGUUUCGCUCUGAAGAUGUUUCUGUUCCAGUUUGUGAAUUUAAACAGCUCCACAUUUUACAUCGCCUUUUUUCUCGGAAGGUUUGCUGGCAGGCCUGGAAAAUACAAUAAGCUGUUUAACCGAUGGAGGCUGGAGGAGUGUCACCCCAGCGGCUGUUUGAUUGAUCUGUGCUUGCAAAUGGGUGUCAUCAUGUUCUUCAAGCAAAUCUGGAAUAAUUUCAUGGAACUUGGUUAUCCCUUGCUGCAGAACUGGUGGUCUCGUAGAAAGAUGAAGCAAGGAGGCGGUGGAGGGACGAAUGUGGAGACCAAAACCCAGCUUCCACAGUGGGACAAAGACUGGAACCUUCAGCCGAUGAACGCCCACGGGCUGGUGGAUGAAUACCUGGAGAUGGUUCUCCAGUUUGGCUUCACCACCAUCUUUGUAGCAGCUUUCCCACUGGCUCCCCUCCUCGCUCUGCUCAACAACAUCAUUGAGAUCCGCCUGGACGCCUACAAGUUUGUCACUCAGUGGAGGAGGCCCAUGCCAGCUCGAGCGACAGAUAUAGGUAUCUGGCAUGGGAUUCUUGAAGGUAUUGGUGUUCUGGCAGUCAUAACCAAUGCCUUCGUCAUCGCUAUAACCUCAGACUACAUCCCCCGCUUUGUUUACGCCUUCAAAUACGGCCCGUGUAUGGACAAAGGCCAGCACCACGCAGACGAGUGCCUGCAGGGCUACAUGAACAGCAGCCUGUCUGUGUUCGACAUGUGGGAGCUGAAGAACAGCAGCGUGUUCAGAUACUGCAGGUACAGAGACUACAGAGCGCCGCCGUGGAGCCCGGUGCCCUACGAGUUCACCCUGCAGUUCUGGCACGUCUUGGCCGCCAGGCUCGCGUUCAUCAUCGUCUUCGAG